AUGGAGGUCUCCUGCAGGACGAGGCAGUCUCGAUCCAAAAGCCUCAUCAAAAAGAAAUCGAAUCUGCUCGAUCUCCGAGUUCCUGGGGAGAAACUCCGCUGGGGUAGAGAGUCUACCAAGAGGCCCUGGCUCCCUAGAAAGCUGCUGAGGCUGCAUGCUCUCUACGCAAUCCACUCGGAGCCCUUUAUUACUCCGUACUUGCUGCUACUGCUGUUGACGCUGCUGCCCCUGUCAGUGCCUGCCUUGCUGGAGGCGUGUCUGGAGGAAGGCCACCUCCAGCAGAGAGCGGGCCAACAGCUGGAGGACGUAAAUCCGCAUCAGCCCAUCCUCUUUGAUACGAUGGCGCCCGUCAUGGCGGACUUUGUGUUUCCCUUGCCUCUCCUGGCUUUCCGCCUUUGCGGCGCCAUCGCCGUCACUCUCCACCUCCGUCACUUCAUAGAUCAUCGGAUCUUCCUCGUUGUCAUCCUCGGCCUCUUCUAUGCCCCUGUGCUGCCUUCGGCCUGCAAGGUAGGGCUUCUUGGCUUUCCGUCGCGAAUAACCGCUCACUCCCCCGCCAGACGUCUGCUCCUCUGCCCGAGCAAUUUUGUUGACAGCGUAGCCCAAAUACAUAAGCGAAGGCGUGGCCACCAGAAUGAUUUGGAAGACCCAGAAGCGGACGUGGGAGAGCGGCGCAAAGGCGUCGUAGCAGACGUUCUCACAGCCGGGCUGGCCAGAGUUACACACAAACUUACUCUGCUCAUCGUACUACUGUCUGUUGGCAUGGAACGACCCGCGUGCUUGGCUGAGGAGGAGCGCCUGAGUGAUGAAGACAAACUGGCUGAACUCCGUCUUAGAGACCGGCAGGGAGGGGUUUGUGUGCGCCUGGUCGUGCGUGCUGUCCACAAUGUCCUCACCGCUGACCCACGGGACAACCUUUGCCUUCAACUUAUCACCCUGGGAUUUCUGCAUCUCCAGCAGCAGCUCGUGCAUUGGGAAGUCCUUCCUGGGGUAGGCGGUGUCGUCGGGGCGCAGGGCCUGAGUGGGGCACACGUCAUUGGCCCCGUCUCCGAUAUAAAACACCCUGGAGAAUGGGGAACCGCCACGCUCCUUCUCUCGGACCGCAAGAUACUCCCGGAGGAUUGCCUGCUUACACAUGACAAGUCGACCGGCGGCAUCAAACUCGCCUGGGUUAGUGAAAACCUUCCUGAACAGGUGACGCACCCCAGCGUGCUUCAGCCACGUUUCAAUAAAAUAGGUGUUGGCAUCAGAGACCACCACAAGCUCAAAGUCCUGCUGGUGGUUCUGCAGGAACUGGAAGAGGUUGAGAAGGCCAGCAGUGGCGGGGAUCUUCUCUACCGCUGA